CCCUGCUGCAGCCACGGCAAGGGCCGGGAGAGCGAGAAAAUGGCUGUUCCUCCUGCUUAUGCUGACCUAGGAAAAUCUGCCCGAGACAUCUUUACUAAGGGAUAUGGAUUUGGGUUAGUCAAGUUGGAUUUGAAAACGAAAUCUGAAAAUGGAUUGGAAUUUACCAGCUCAGGUUCAGCAAACACGGAAACAAGUAAAGUUACUGGAAGUCUGGAAACCAAGUACAGAUGGACAGAAUAUGGCUUGACUUUCACAGAGAAAUGGAAUACUGACAACACCCUAGGGACAGAGAUAACUGUAGAAGAUCAGCUUGCACGUGGACUGAAGCUGACCUUUGACUCCUCAUUUUCUCCUAACACUGGAAAGAAGAAUGCUAAAGUUAAGUCUGGAUACAAGCGGGAACAUAUCAACUUGGGAUGCGACAUGGAUUUUGAUAUUGCAGGUCCAUCAAUACGUGGUGCCUUUGUCUUGGGCUAUGAAGGUUGGCUGGCUGGCUACCAAAUGACUUUUGAAACAGCUAAAUCCAGAAUAACUCAGAGCAACUUUGCCGUAGGCUAUAAAACUGAUGAAUUUCAGCUUCACACCAAUGUGAAUGAUGGUACAGAAUUUGGUGGUUCUAUUUAUCAGAAGGUGAAUGAUCAAUUGGAAACUGCUGUCAAUCUCGCUUGGACAGCUGGAAAUAGCAACACUCGCUUUGGAAUAGCAGCCAAAUAUCAAAUUGACGCAGAUGCAUCUUUCUCUGCUAAAGUGAAUAAUUCCAGCCUGAUUGGUUUAGGAUAUACUCAGACUUUGAAGCCAGGUAUCAAAUUGACAUUGUCUGCUUUGUUGGAUGGGAAGAACGUCAAUGCAGGUGGCCACAAACUAGGUCUAGGACUGGAAUUUGAAGCAUAAAAGAAGGAAUUGUACCAUUGCUAAUUCUGAGAUGCUUUACAGCAUAGAUACCUACUGAAUUUAGUGUACUUUUCAAUGUUUUAUGUCUGGGAUGCAAUUAUUGCCAUGUGUCAGUCAUGUUGAACCUGGUUAAAGAUGGCAAAGUCUAAAAAUGUGUGUUUCCAGGAAAGGAUAAUAUGUUUUCUGUGGUUCCAGACCUCUUGGGAGUAUUUAUUGGAUAUAACUGUUAUAUGAAGGUUUGCUUCU